CAAUACUAAAUAUCAUGUGUUGUAGGCCAAAUUGAUAGAUACUAAAAGUCAUCUGAAAUCAAGCUCGGGACCCAACUAUCCCCCACUGAAUUGUGAUCGUCUGUUCGUUUUUCAUCCGAAACGCGAGGCAGUCUGUCAACAUGGACCCGCACACAGCCUUGUCUUUUAUCUCUAUAGAAAAGUCCCAAAAGCCCAUAUCGGCGAGAGACCAAAGUCCGCUUCCCCCUGCGAAAGCGCACUCACGGACGCACACAUCCGCACCACAGGCCUCAGAGCCAAUUCCUCUCCAGGCUUUCGGCGCCUCGCCCGACGCAGCGCACACCAAUGGCCAAAAAGGACCAGAUGCCGACCUUGAACGCAGCCGUCCCAGCUCCCCUGGCCCCGGGGACGACGCCAACCCAGCGACGGCCACGGAGACCCUCCAGACCGUCUGGGACCCCUACAUGAACCGCUUCCGGGUCGCGUCGGCCUCGUUCAUGAACUUUGCCAACGGGCUCAACGACAGCGCCCCGGGCGCCCUGAUCCCCACCAUCGAGGAGCGCUUCGGCAUCGGCUACGCCGUCGUCUCGCUCAUCUUUGUGGCCAACGCGCUCGGCUUCAUCGCCGGGGCCGUCUGCAUCGACAGCAUCCGCGCCAGGCUGGGCGCCGCUCGCGGCCUGCUGCUGGCCGAGGCCCUGCGCGCCACUGGUUAUCUGAUCAUCACCUGCUCGCCCUCGACGCCGUUCCCCGUCAUUGCCUGCGCCUUCUUCCCCAUAGGUCUGGGCAUGGCCAUAAACCUGUCCACGGCCCAGAUCUUUUGCGGCUCGCUGCGCUCGGGUACCGCCACGCUCGGCUUCCUCCACGGCGCGUACGGCAUCGGCGGCACCGUAGGUCCCCUGAUCGCCACGUCCAUCGUCACGGCCCCCGGCGCCACCACGGCCGCCUGGUCGAGGUACUACUUCAUCACCAUGGGUGUGGCCGUCUUCAACGGCGUCCUCGCCUACGUCUCGUUCCGUCACUACGAGCCAGAAUCUGCCCAGCCUGCUCAGCAGUCGACAAACGACGGCAGCCCAGCUCCCGCACCACCCAAAACCUCCCCCGGUCUGGGCACCAUGAUCCAAGCCCUCCGGAGCCCCGUCGUCCUCGUCUGCGCGCUCUUUGCAUUUGCCUACCAGGGCGCCGAGGUCUCCAUCAGCGGCUGGGUCAUUUCGUUCCUCAUCACGGCGCGCGGCGGCGACCCCGCCUCGGUCGGCUACGUCACGGCAGGCUUCUGGGCAGGCAUCACCAUCGGUCGGCUGCUGGUCGCGGCGCCCGGCCUGAGCACGCGCGUCGCGGGCCGCGAGGCCCGGUUCGUCUUUGUCUGCACCUUUGGCUCGGCCGUCUUCGAGGCCCUCGUCUGGGCCGUGCCCAACGUCAUCGGAAACGCCGUGAGCGUCUCCAUCGUCGGCCUGCUGCUGGGCCCCGUCUUCCCGUGCGGCGUGGCCGUGUGGCUGAGGUUGCUGGGCCGCCGCGAGAGGCUGAGCGGCAUGGGUGUCAUUACUGCGUUUGGGAGCUCGGGCGGAGCCGCGGCGCCGUUCACGACGGGGCUGUUGGCGCAGGUGGUCGGGACUUUUGUGCUGCAUCCCAUCGUGAUUGGGCUUUUUGGAGUCAUGGCGAUUUGUUGGUGGUGGUUGACCAGAGACCGCAAGCGAGUUGAGUAG